GACAGUGAUGCAAGCAAAGUGCAGAGAAAAAGUGUACAGAUUUUUAUUGCGUAUUUCUUUGUAAAUUAUGUCUAAUUCUGUAGUUUAAUAUAGUGAAAUUAGUGGAAUGGCAACUCUGGAGAAACCAAGGACCAAGAAGAAGAAGAAGACGAGGAUUGUCGGGGAAUCCCCGUGUGAGGCAACGGAAAACAUCUCCAAUGUAGAACUGCCAGAAGUACCAGAAGAACUCCUCAAAAUUGAUGAAAUCAGUGCAAUUGCUGCAGAAUUUCAUCAUCCUCCUGACCUGGAGACAAAGAACUCUGCAGAAGAAGCACGAGAAAGCCCCAAAGAGGAAGUAGAAAAUCCUGCAGAAGCUCAAGAAGAACCCUCAGAAAAAGUCCCUGAAAUCGUGGCAACACCUUCAGCUCCUCCAAUCGAAGCAGAAGCCACUCCUUGUCUCCCAAUUCCCAAAGAAACAUCCACAACUCUCUAUCCCACGCUAGACACCCUCCGGAAGGAAGCAGUGCCCUUCCAGAAGACCCAGGAGAUGGAAAUCCACAUAGAACCAUUCACAAUUGCUCAACUCCGGGAUCUCUACUCCAACAAUCUUCUGGCUUUCGCCAAGGAACUGGAGAAAGAAUUUAUCGAGACUGAAUUGAAUCCCAGCUUCCUCAGGAAUGACGAUUAUUUGUACAAUUGCAUCCAUGAGUACAUGCAAUCCCUCACAGAGUGCAGAAGCCUAAAGAUUGAGGCAGACAGGGUCAAGGGACUUUGCAAAGAGGAUCAGGAAAAGCUCUGGAGCAUUAUCAGUGUCUCCCAGAAGUUUUCCGGAACCUGCAGCGAUGGGAGUCGUGUCUCCACAACGGUUUCUUACAAGAAAGCCAUUUUCAAUGAGAAUCUCCUGGACGUGGUGUCUAGGCACUUCUCAGAAAUUCGCUCCAUUUGCUGUGAUAAAUACGUUAAAAGUGCAACACUUGGUGCUCUGCUCAAGAUGAAGAUUGACGAGGAGAUUGUUCGAAUCCAAAGUCAACAUUUGAGAUCAUCAAAGCAGGAAUUUGUCACGGAAUCUGAUGAUUUGAGACAGAGUAUUUCUAUUUUAUUCUUUUUCCUGAGGAAGCCGGGAGUUGAUAGGAUUUUUGCGGAAAAUCUCAAGAAAUGGUUGAAUAUUUUGGUGUAUUUACUUUUGGAUGUUGCCACAUGGCCUGAUCAUAUGUUUAUUCUGUAUCAUGUACUGAGGUGUCCACCGGGAAUUAUUUCCUGGGCUGCAUGGAUGAUUCAGGUUCCCGUGGGGAGAUUCUCCGCGGAGGGCUUGCAGAAUCAUGUUUGUGUGCAGCACAGUUUGACGGUGCUUCAGGCGAUCCUUUUGCCAGUGGCAAGGAGAUCGGAGUUCCUGGAUGAGAUACUGUGUUGGUCGAGGAUGGACAAGAGUGGAGCAGGAGGGGGUGGGGAGUGGUCUUUUGUGGAUUCCGAUGGGGAGGAGGAUGUGGAUUUGUUGGUGUUGAGGGAAAAUGAUCUUGUGGCGAUUUUCAAUCAGAUUCCCUGGAGGGAGAUUUUUAGUCUGGCCACGAAGAUGGAACCGAAGCCAGGGGGAGGGUAUCAGGUGAAGAAGGAGGCAGUUACAGCUCAUGCUGUCCUGCAAUUCUUUGCUUUUGCGAGUUAUUUGAUUGAGACACUGGGAAUGGGACUGUGUACGUACAAUACGGAAAGAUAUCGGCAGUUUACGAAGAGACUGGCCAGAUUGGUGGCUCAGUGUGUUCAGUAUGGGUCGGGUCUGUACGGAAUCUUCCAGGGAGCCACGGCGGUGAAUGAUGUGAUGAUCAGAGCGAGGAUUCAGAAGGAAUUUGAGCAAGUUCUAGUGAGAUCUUGCGAUUUGAUUUAUCUGUCCAGGACUGCUGGGUCUUGGCAGUAUCUCGUGGGAUUGCCGUUUGGGCAAUUGUCGCCACAGUGCAUCCGGGGAUUGUAUGAGAAAAUGCGAGCACCGCAUUUUGGGGAGGGUUCAGCACAGGAGACAAUUGAAGCGAAAAAUCAAGUGGCUGAUUAUAGUUUGGUGGAGAUUUUUGAGGCUAAUGACGUGUCACAGGAAGAUCUUCACUAUUUACUGCAGACACUGGCCAAUCUGGCCAGUGUCAAUGAGAAUUUGAGGCAGAGUAUCAUGACGGAUUUGCUGGAAAUUGGUUUUCUGCGGGGAUCUACCAAGGACGAUUGCAGCAAGAUUGCCAGGGAUUUAAUAGCUAAUCUCGCUGAUGAGUGUCCAGAACUCAUCAGUGACAUCAUCCUGCAGUUCCAGGAGAACAUCCUCGAGGGGAGAUCGUACGGAAGUUACCUCCUGAAGAGGCUUCCCAUGGAAAAAUGGAUUCCAGGUCCGGGAAUUGUGGAUAUCCUUGAGGAAUGGCUACUGCAGUGUCCACUGGAGUCAGCGGAGAGUGGAAUGGCCAGGAUUGUCAUUAACAACAUGAACUGGAACUAUGGGCACGAUGGAAGGCUGUUUCUACAUCCAGCCCUUCAUUCCCGGAUCGCUUUGACCAUCUACGAGGCUUCAGUGAAAAAUUCCUCAACUCCGUCAAAUUUCAUUGCUGAGAAUGUGAAGAAUCUCAUGAUGGACAAGUCCACCAUCAUGAACUUCCAAACAUGGUGCUGGAAGAUGAUUUCUGUGCUGAAACUCCAUGCCACGGACAGAGAAAAUCCCUGGGGAGUGAUUUAUUCGCCAGAAAUUGUUCUUCCGGAACUUCCGGAACUGGAGCAUUUGACAGAUGUUUGGAGGGGGGUCAGGGAAAAUCGAAAUCUUGCCACAUAUGUCUCAAUUCUCCUAACACAGCGUGGUCAUUCAAUUCCCCAAAUCUCUACGUACAGCUUCCACAAUAUGGAGAUUCUCUUCAAAACUGAUGAUCAGGUAACUGCCCUCAGGUGCCUUCAGGUUGUCUUUCCACUCUUUCUGCCCUGUCCUGAGAGUCUCGUUGAAAAUCCUGCCUUUCACUCUCUUCUGCAUUCGAUUUUGUCCGUUGACAGUUCCUACUCAAAGAUUCCCAUCGAUAUCAUCUUCUCCCGGAGUGUUUCGGGGAUUAUUGGGUUGUUUGGGAAGAUGAUUGUCUCUCAGUUUAUGGAUUAUCAGAGAUUUGGACUGUCUUCACCGACUCCACUUGUCCUUCUCUGGCUGCAAUGCCUGACAAAGUACAGGGAUUACAAGAACUCCUGGAAUGCACUGUAUAUCCUGGAUGUUGUCCUGGAAUUUGCAUUUACAGUCCCAGAAGCUUGGUUUGAGGCCCGGAGGCUCUUUUUCUCCCUGACAACUCAAGCCAGAUUGACAGCAACACCCUCAAAGUCUGUCUCGUCCUUCCUUUCGAAGUCCCCGCCCAUCGGACUGAUUCCCAAUCUCCCGGUGACCACAAUCUGGCUGGGAUUGAUGGUGUUCGAUGUGCAGCAGGAAGUCUUCGAAGGGGAGACAGGAUUCUGGCAGGAAUUUGUCCAGCAACUGUCUCUGCGGUCUUCCGGAGAGAGAAACCUUGACGGAUUGGUUAAAAGGGUUGCAAAUUCCCUAGGAACUCCUCACAAUCAAACCACGGAUUUAGUCUUUGUCAAACUGGCCAAUUUGAUCAUUUCCUGCCCCACUAGUCACUCCAUCUUGGUGAUUUUGUGCCAAAGAUUCUUUGCUCUCUACCUCACGAGGCUGUCCGGAUGUCAGGGAGGUGUCAGGGAUAGGCUCUACAGGUCCGAUGAGAUGAUAAUGAAGAAGAUAAGAGGACAAUUGGAGCAUGCCAGGGCGUAUCAUGAAGCCCAGGCGGAAAAUGAGAGAGAAAUCGAUGAGAUUCUAAGUAGAUUCCAUGAAACAUUGGAAAAAAUGUUCAGGACUUUCGGCGCAUGGCUAGAAGGGAAGGAUUCUGGCCACGAUGAGGAUUUAAGGCGUCUCCUGUUCUGUCGCAGAGAUUGGACGGAAUUUAUCAAUUUAGGGACGCUGCUGAGGCAUCAGAGGCAGAAUUAUGAGGAGUGGAAUGCAAAAAUCGGGAGACAGAUACCAAAAUGUCCAGUAUCUCUGGUCAAAUCGGCUUCUCAGGAGUAUUCCCAGAAGAUAGAGAAGCAAUUGAUGUCAUACGACACGCCCGUGGGGAAAAAACCCACCGAAAUGAUUCAGUCAGGGAUAGAUCUUCCAUCUCCGGCUGAAUACGUCAGAGAGGGAUUGAUUUCUGGAAGCAGAUGCAGCAAGGAUUUCAAUCUCCUGGAGAAAUAUGCCAAAGCCUAUGCGGGAGAUCUUAAGGAAAUUUGCCAGUUGGAUACGGCCUAUGGGAAGCUGGAAAAGGGCAGAAUGGUGAAUGAACAGGAAGUAUCCUAUCGUUUCCUGCCUUGUGCAAAUAUCCUAGGAAGGAAGUUUGAAUGCACAGGACCGGCAAAUGUCCGGAUAACUCAAAAUCGAGUGAUCACAGUUGCCUCAGCUGAAAAUCAAAUAGCAAAGAAUCGUCAGGAGAGGGGAAAUCUCCUGGACAGGACAAUGACGAAGCUCGAGGAGGAUCUUCUGAGGGCACUGCUCAGGAUUGAGCAAACCCUGAAGUAUCUGGGAGACAAUUGUGGGCAUCGGAAGAUGGGAAAGUGUACAGAAUUGUGCAGGAUUUCCUUUGACAUCUUCUUCAAGACUCUCAAGGCUUCUUCGGAUUUCCUGACCUUGUAUCCACCCACGAGAUCCCUUACAAAGUCUGUGAUAAGGAACAUGAAGAUCUUCAUGCCAUCCCAUUUGCCCCAGGAAGGUCAGAAACUCGUAGAAGUGAUGGUAAAAGGAUCACUUUUAACUGAACUUCUCAUUGAACUUUUCACCCCGGAACAGCUUCCGCCGCGGGAAUUUCUAGCCAUCUAUGACUUUACCGUGGCAGCUUUUGGGAAUUGGAGUGAUCAGGAGAGUAUUGGGAUGAUCCUGGAGAGAUUCUCACUGUCUUUCUGGUUGCAACUGCAUGAACCGCAGAGCUUUGUCAGGGAAGAUCUCACUCAGCUCAUUCUGCGUGGCUUGAAGGUUUCCUAUCAUAGGAAUUCUCCAGCAAAUGACAAAAUCCUCCGGUCCCACCUUGUCCAGUUGUUCUCCCAUCGAUUCCCACAGAAUUACAAUGGUGUCCUGAAGAAUCUCUUUGAGGGAUUCACAAAACUCGGCUUGUCCGGAGACAUUCUAAUAGACCUCUUCAAUGUUCUCUUCAAUCUCGCUGGAUUGGACAGCAUUCCGGGAAAUGCUUCAGCAUCCACAAUCCCAGAUACCCUAGAAAAAUUUUCCAAGGAGCAGAAAAUCCUGUCCCAAAUCGAGCUAGUAGAGACAAUUCGCUGGCUCAGUGAAUUCUUCAGUCAGGAACGCACAAAAGAAGGAAUCUAUGGACUCUUCCCGAAAUUCAAGCAUCUCUACCGCAUCUUCAACAUUUUCAUGGCAAUUGUCCUUCAGUCGGCAACAACUGCCACAAUCCUAGCCUUUCCCGGAGCUUCGGCUGAUCAAUUGACCGAAUGGAUCUGGCCAUGUGUUCAGAAUGUCUACGAAAUGUGGCUGAUUCCAAUUGUCCUGGAUGCCACUAAAGCUCAAUCCCCAGCCAAUUGGCUGAAAACCCAAGUAGACGGAGUAAAUCCCAUCCUCCUGCCCUGGAGUGAAUCCACAAGACAAGGCCCGGAUGAACUCCUCGAUGGCUUCACAAAAUGCACAAUCUUCGCCAUUGACUCAAUUCCCGGAAGCAAUUCCAUCCUAAAGCACAUUUUUCAGUGGUACGAAAAGAACUUCUCCAAUCCCCUCAUUCCCAGCUACAUCACCACAGAGAUCCAUCAAGCUCUCAAGAAACUGCCCUGGGGAUACUUUGAUCCCAGCACAGAGAUCCUGGACAUGACAUCACGGAUAUUCCGGCAAAAAGCUUCAGUGUCAAGUAUAAAUUUCGUAUCAGACAUUCUAAAGCAAGUUCCCUGGACAAAUUGGCUGCAGCUCCAUCAAACAGCCUGGAAUUUCACGGAAAAGUGCCAAACGGUAUCCCUCCUCCUGUCCCUCUUCAUCUCAAUGGCUGCCUAUGGAGAUCAAAUGGCUGCCGUUCUUGAGGAAGUUGCAGUAUCCUUCCCAUGGGAUUUUGUAGACAAUACAGCUUUCACUGAUACCCUCAACAUCUUCAUCCUCGCCGCUGGACCUCAAUGGUGCUCCAAGCUGCAAGCUAAUCCCCCGGCAGGGAAUGUAGAGAAAGCUGUAUGGAAACUCCUGAAGACAGUGUCAAAGAUUGAUCUGUCUGGAGAUGAUGCAAAGUCCACAAGAGCUGUUACAAAGCGAUUGGUCUACAUCAAAACGAUUCUGCAGUUCUUAACGGCAUCCAUUAACAAAGGAAAGGACUUUUUCACCACAGAAACUGGUCAGAAAGUCUUCCAAGGAAUUUUUCAAGGGUUGACGAAGGAUGUUCAGAAAAUAUUGGAGAAAGAGGAGGAGUUCCCCAAAGAAGGCCUCAAUAUCCUCGUGGAAAUGGUCAGAGAAAUUCCCCAGGAAGCUGAUUCAACGUCCAGUAAACUCCUCGUUGAGGGAUUCACAAUCUGGGAGACUGCAAAUCCCAUUGCUGUAACGUCACUUUUGCAUGCAAUUGCCAUGAGCAGAAAAGCCUCAGAGCCACUAAAUGCGCUCCUGGAAGCGACUAUUGAAAGCUACUUCAGAAAUUCUUCUGUAAUUUCAAAUGUUGGAUGGAAGUUUGUGCAGGAGAUUCUGUGGAGUUACAUGGUAAAUUUGCGUCCGACAUUAAUUGGGCAGGAAUCACUGCAUUGUCUGCAUUUGUGGGCUACUGUAGGGCUAAAGAGUGAGAGGGAUGUUAGGAAGAGACUAACAUUGAAGGGUUUGGUGUUUGAGCGGCUGAAUGGGGCGAAGGUGACGGAGGAGAAUGAGCUGAAAGUGGCUCUGCUUUGGGGUUUUCUCUGCAUAGUCAGCUUCAGGGAAUGCGAUCAAAGCCCGGAGAAUGGGGUGUUUCUGGUCCAUGUUACCAAGAGAUUGGUGCAUCUGGCCAAUGAGCCCGAUGACUGGGGAAAGAGUGUGCUGAAUGCAAUUGGACUGACGCGGCUUAAGAGGUCCAAAGUGCUGUGGAAGUGUCUGGCAUGCUACAUGGUUGAAAUGCUCAAGGUGAUCAACGUUGAAUGUGAUUUGGAGCGAGAGCGCUGUGCUCUCAAUGUCGAGCUGCAGUCGAAGCAAUUCAAUCCGUACCGGGAGGCCAUUUCGCAGAUCAGUCACCAAAUCAGCGGAGAUUUGAGUCAGCAAAGCAAAAAUAUUGCAUCAAUCCUCCGGAAGUUCUACGGAACUGAUAACUUGCUUAGUGAUAUUGAGUUUUUGUGGAGUUAGUCAUUCCAGGAUGCUUUUUUAUUAAAUAAAGGAUUGUAAAUAUUU